CUGGGUAGUGAUGACCUCACAGGCCUUUUCACAGUUACCAUGACAGGGUAACUACACAAACGUGGUGCUUUCAGGAAAGCUUCCCUACCAGUUCUCUACCAGAUACCAGUCUGUUUGGAUGCCUGAGAGAGAAUGUCUGACCGGAUCUUCUAUAUUCAUUCUAAUUUGUCCUCUGUCCCCUGGGAGGGCAGCACAGCAGCAGGGGCUCCCUCUUCUCCUACACCUGGUCACUACCAUGUCCUCUACCGAGGGUGUGGAGAAACCCAGGUGGGCUGGCAUGGGGAGACGUACUGCCUGGUUGGUGGCUACCGGACCUAUGGGGAUGCUCCUGUGGCCACCCCAGCAAAGACGGAAGCAGAGAAACCAAUUCCCAGCCAGGCUCCCAAAAGACGUCGAGCUACGGCAGAGUCAAAUAAAGACGUAGGUUGCUCCAGCCCCAAAAUUCGGCGAUUGAAGCAUGGUGGCAGGAGGAUGACCCCAAAGAAGCUUGCUGACUGAGCCACUUUACAGGAAUGGCAAACAUUUAACUGCCUAAGACAGCUAAUGCCUCUUCCUGAAGUGACCCCCCCACUGCCCACCACUGGAGAUCAGAACCUGAGCCAUUCUGUCUGAGCCUUCUUCAGCCAGGAGCCUCCUUCCAUACUAACUGGCCAUGGGCAAGGAGCCAUAGAAGCUGAGGUUUGAAAUGAAAGCCUGCUCUGAACAUCCCAGAGCCAAAACUGGCCUGGAAGAAAACCUGAUGUUUCUCCACUCAAUCCUGUAGAGUCCCUUCUCGGGAAGAAGAAAGCAAAGUUUGCACUCUUUGAACCAAGGAGGAUGCAGGAGCAGAGGGAGGGUUCAGAGUGGCCUUAGCAGGGACUCAGUCCAUCAGAUGGACUCUUGCCCUGAGUCAUUGCCAGCAGUCACCAAUUAAACCAAGAGGAGCUGGACUUUUUUAAACUGAAAAAGGCAAUCUGGGUCUACCCAGGGAGCCUCUUGUCUGGAGUGGCAGGAGGCAGAAUAAGGAAACCCAGGAAGACCCACUCCCCAGAGCAGGAAGAAAAUGGAGAGGUGGGUGGCACCACCACUGAGGCUCACGCGCUCCUUCAUUCCCAGUCCUUCUUAGCCCCAGUAGGAUUUCUUACUGUUCAAUAAAAUGGUUUUCUCUAACA